UUUUCUUUCCCGCCAUAAAACAUUGCCCUUCUCAGUUGAGGCGCCAUUUGCUAAAUACUUCGUAUCUACGGAGUAUUAUCUUCGUAAGGUCUACGAUCCUACACAGUAGAGAGCUAAAAAGGUUGAAUCUUGUGUAAAGAAUGGCAUCUUCAUCCGGAAAAACUAUUAUGGAUCUAUUGAAGCAACCAUCAGCGAAGCGCCUUAAACGGGUCUCCUCACCACCGCCAUCUCCCGCCGUUGUCCCCGUCAGUAGCUUCUCCUCUUCUGCUACGCCGUCCCCAAAGGAGCCCCAAGCCGGAGACAACGGCGUCGUCCAGCAAACAGAAACACUCACGCCUGCACAGAAUUUUAGAAUGGAGUUCAACAAAUCCCUAGCCAAGGCUAAAUUCAAUCUCAAACUCUGUGCUGAGAAAGUCUCUUGUUCAAUAUCUGAAGGUGAGGGCUCUCAGUAUGUGAAGUUGAAGGAAUUGUUGGUGGAGGGGUCAUGGCUGCAAGCAUUGCCAGAGGAGUUUGAGAAACCAUAUGCUAAAAACUUGUGUAAGUUUGUGGAGAGUGAAAUUCGCAAUAGUAGUGUGCCGGUUUAUCCUCCUCAGCACUUGAUUUUCAAUGCUCUUAACACUACCUCUAUUGACAAGGUUAAAGCUGUCAUCAUUGGACAGGAUCCAUAUCAUGGGCCUGGUCAAGCAAUGGGCCUCUCUUUCUCAGUUCCCGAGGGCGUAAAAGUUCCUUCAAGCCUGGUUAAUAUUUAUAAGGAGCUCAAUAAAGACUUGGGUUGUUCAAUCCCUUCUCAUGGAAAUUUGGAGAAGUGGGCAAUACAGGGUGUUCUGCUUCUCAAUGCUGUUCUUACUGUAAGGCAUCAUCAAGCGAAUUCCCAUUCAAACAAAGGUUGGGAGCAAUUUACUGAUGCAGUAAUAAGAGCAAUUUCUCAGAAGAAAAAAGGAGUUGUCUUCCUUCUUUGGGGAAACUAUGCCCAAGCAAAAGGCAGGCUAAUUGAUGAAACCAAGCAUCAUGUGCUGAAAUCGGCACAUCCUUCUGGUUUGUCAGCAAACAGAGGCUUCUUUGGAUGCAGGCAUUUUUCGCAGACAAACAAGCUUAUGGAGGAUAUGGGGCAAUCUCCUAUAGAUUGGCAACUAUAAUGUAGAAUGCCAUGUCAUUUUUUUUGGAAAGUUGGAGCACUUGGAGGCCAUUUUUCGAAAUGAGCAGUUUUGCAGGAUGGAUGUGUGUGUGGCUAGGCUGCGUUGUUUUUCGUUUGACUCUCUUACCUAUGAUGAUUUAAAAAAAGUACACAUUCCAGUAUCCCACCUCUCUCCCAGACAUGGCACUUCACUGCCUCCUACUAGAUUGGCCACCUUUCUGCCCCUCAAGUAAACUUAUGGCAUUUCUGCCCCUCAAGUAAACUUAUGGCAUUUCUGCCCCUCGAUUCUCAUCAAGUGAGAAAAAGAAAUCACCAUGUUUAAUACUAUCCUCC